GCGCACAGUAGAUUUCGGUUAAUGAAUAUCUCCACUUCCGGUUUGUUGUUUUUUCUUCUUUUUUUUUUAAUAACUGUUUUCGAGCUAUUGUGAUGUAGCCUAUUAGCCUAGCACAAGCUAACGCAACCCAGAUUUAGUUUUCGCCUUCGGAUUAUAUUCAGGUUAAUCAUCACUAUCGGCGGGACUCGAUUAUUACAUUAAUCGUUUAAUUGAAGCGCGCGCGCCGUCUGUUCACAAAACUCUGUGAAUGGAGGAGUGGAGAAAGUGCGCAGUUAACCCCGGCCUGUCUGUCUGUCUGUCUGCCUGCCUCACUGCCUGCAGCAUCCCAUAUCCAGGUGACCUGAAAGAGAUGGUGAUGGAGAAACCGAGCCCUUUGCUCGUAGGGCGCGAGUUCGUCAGGCAGUACUACACACUCCUGAACAAAGCGCCCGAUUACCUGCACAGGUUCUAUGGGAGGAACUCGUCAUACGUGCAUGGAGGUUUAGAUGGCAGUGGGAAACCCGAGGAGGCCGUGUAUGGCCAGGCUGAGAUCCAUAAGAAGGUGAUGUCCCUGCAGUUCAGUGAGUGUCACACCAAGAUCCGACACGUGGAUGCUCACGCUACUCUGGGAGAUGGGGUGGUGGUGCAGGUGAUGGGUGAGCUGUCCAACAGGGGACAACCCAUGAGGAGGUUCAUGCAGACCUUCGUCCUUGCACCUGAGGGUUCUGCAGUGAACAAGUUCUAUGUUCACAAUGAUAUCUUCCGCUAUGAGGAGGAAGUGUUCGGAGACUCUGAGGCUGAGUUGGGAGAGUCUGAGGAAGAGGAAGCAGAGGAAGAGCAGGUGGAGACCCACACUUCUCCAGAACCUGCACAGGACAGUGCACCUUACUACGAGUCUCCACCCGUCAGUAAUGGCGUGGAGGAGCAGCAGGAAGAGGUGGGUCCAGAGGCAGAACCAGAACCCCAGCCUGAGCCUGAGGCUAGUCAGGAAGCAGAGGCAGACCUGAGUGCUGAGGGAGAACUUCAGCCUGAGGAGGUGGAGCCUGAUAUAGAAGAGAAGCUUCCAGAAGAGGUGGAGGAGAAACCUCCGACCCCUGUAUCAGCCCCAACUCCACCCCCUCAGACCCCUGAACCACCCAAGCCGUUCUCUUGGGCCUCAGUGACCAGUAAGAAUCUGCCACCCAGCGGCUCUCUGCCUACCUCUGGCAUUCCGCCUCAUGUUGUGAAGGCCUCCAGUGUACCACCCAGAGUUGAAAUAAAGCAGGAUUCCCAUGCUCCAUUGCCUAGAGACCAGCGACGUGAGAGACCCGGGUUCACGCAACGUGGAUCUAGACCUGAUGGCACUUCAGCUGAAGCACAAGGUGGGAAACCUUACUUCGCCUUUAAAGGUCGUGGGGAAUCUGAAGGAGGUGAGGUUGAAGGGCGCAGGACCAUGCGUCACCCCGACAGUCAUCAGCUGUUUGUGGGAAACCUUCCACAUGACAUAGACGAGGGAGAGCUCAAGGAAUUCUUCAUGACGUUUGGGACAGUGGUGGAGAUGCGCAUAAACACGAAGGGCGUUGGAGGGAAACUGCCCAACUUUGGCUUUGUUGUGUUUGAUGACUUGGACCCUGUGCAGAGGAUCUUGGCAGCCAAGCCAAUCAUGUUCCGUGGUGAGGUUCGUCUGAAUGUGGAGGAGAAGAAAACCCGCGCCGCCCGAGAACGUGAAACCAGGGCCACUGGAGACAGUCGCCGUGGAGACCGUGGUCCCAGGGGCAUCAUGGGUAAUGGGAUGGGGCGUGACAGAGAUGGGCGUGGCCCACCCCCAUCCUCCUCCAGGCCCACGAUUGGUUCGGGCCGAGGUAGCGGAGAGAAUCGUUUUGCCGGGCCGCGCCGCUGAGCGGGCGGAGUCAUCCUGAACUGCGCUCGCUCACUCGCUUUCUCUUUCGUCACAUCAAUGGGCCGAAAAUUUACAAAAUAAUUUUUCCUUUACUUUUCUUUUCCCCCUUUCCUUUUUGGAAUCUGACCGGCUAUCAACAACAGCUAUGAUGAUGAGAACCACCAUUUGAUGUGAAAGAUUAAAAAAAGCAGAACUCUCUCUCACACACUGAGUCGUCUUUGAAAAUUCAUUGCUUUCUUUUUGGGUUUUGUUUGUUUUUGUGUUUUUUUUUUUUUCAAAAAUUUUUUUUUCUUUGCAAGAAAAAGGUGGCGUGGCUUAUUUUCUGUAGAACAAAGAGAUGGAUGUGUGACAAAGGGGAACUGAAUCACACGUUUUAUAAUGGACAUGAACGUCAACGCUUCGGAAAAAAUGGAAGAGAUAAAACGCUCACUGUACACUUAUUUAUUUUGUUAGUUAAUAAAAAAAAACAGUGGUGGUGCCUUAAA